AGGCACCUCAGCCCUACAGCGUGUCUCCUCAGCUAACUCUUUAAUCAUAGCUUAAUAAUUCAGUUUUGUAAACUUUUUUGAAAACUUGUUGUGGUAAGCUUUUAUUUUAUUAAAACAGAAAACGAAAACAAAUAAGAUUGUUCAACUGGAUCCGAUCUUUCUACUCAAAAUCUAAAUCUAGGGUUUCAAAUUUCGUUUCUUUUUCUCUCAAAUUCCUGAAAUUCAAUCCAUAAAAAAAAAUUCCAGCAAUUGUUCAAUCGGAUCCGGUCUUUCUACUUGCCAACGUGUGUGUGUGUGUGUGUGUAGUGCUGUUUGAAUUUGGGCUUAAAAAAGGAACAGCAGCAGAUAAGGAGUCAUCAUGUUCUAUGGUGCAUUGGUAUGGGAUCCAUGGCUAAUAGUAGCCCAAAUUGUCUGCCUUCAGUGCCUUUACUAUCUCACCCUUGGUUUCUUUUUAUCCCUUCUUGUUGGCACUCGCGUCUCUCACUUGACUCUCGUUUAUUUCUUUGAUUUCGCCACUAUCACUACCUCUACUGUCACCGGCUGCUGUGUCAUUGCCUCCCUUCUCCUCACCUCCUUUGCUGGAGCUGGGUAUAUGUUGUUUUUUAUUGAGAGGGCAAAUAAGUGCUUAGAUUUUUCGGCAACCCUCUAUAUCAUCCAUUUGUUGAAAUGCAUGAUAUAUGGAGGUUGGCCUUCCUCGAUAACAUGGUGGGUUGUUAAUGGUACUGGAUUUGCAGUGAUGGCCUUGCUUGGUGAAUAUUUGUGUAUCAAGCGUGAACUCCGGGAGAUUCCCACACGAUAUCGAUCCAAUGUUUGACCAGCAAGAGAAGGGAACAGCAAGAGCAAUUUUUUUUCUGGGACAACAAUGGUGCUUAUUUGAAGCUUUCAAGGAGCUUCUGUAACCUGUGUGAAUUUUGCAGGAUAUCAAUCUAAACUUUGAUGGUGAUAGUAAGGGAUAUUUUUAAUCUAUAGAUUCAGUUAGAUUCUGUGCAGGUGGUGAUGAAGGAGAAUGGCUCAAGAAAUUUGAAGAUGGCUCUCAAAUGAUGUGAAGAUGGAUGAGGAGAGUAGGUAAGUAUUGUAUCAGGAAACUCUCAAUGUACAAUUUUAGGUGGUUUUUGGAAGAGUUGAUGAUUGUUUUCUUCAAAUAUUUUGUAUAAUAGUGUCUUAUUUUAAUAUGACAAAUGGAUGAGUUUCCAUGCA